AUGUUUGACAGCUCGCAGUAUCCCUACAAUUGCUUCAAUUACGACGCGGACGACUACCCAGCAGGCAGCUCCGACGAGGAGAAGCGACUCACGCGGCCCGCCUACAGCUACAUCGCGCUGAUCGCCAUGGCCAUUCAGCAGAGCCCCUCGGGCAGGGUCACCCUGUCCGGUAUCUACGACUUCAUCAUGCGCAAGUUCCCCUACUACCGAGCCAACCAGCGCGCCUGGCAGAACUCCAUCCGCCACAACCUGUCCCUGAACAGCUGUUUUGUCAAGGUGCCCCGAACAGAGGGCCACGAGAAGGGAAAGGGCAACUACUGGACGUUCGCGGGUGGCUGCGAGUCGCUGCUGGACCUCUUCGAGAACGGCAACUACCGGCGGAGGCGCCGUCGCCGCGGCCCCAAGCGCGAGGGGGCAGGGGAGGCGCGCACAGGGGCUGCGGAGGGGCCUCCGGGGCCGCCUGAGCCAACCCCCCACCGCCAGCCCCCUGCCCCCACCAGUCCCGCUGCCUUGCGGAAGGAGGAGCCCAGGGGCAUCAAGUUCAGCAUUGACUACAUCCUGUCCUCACCCGACCCUUUUCCGGGGCUCAAAUGUUCCUGCAGCCCCCAGGAGGGCAGAAACCCCCAGCCGGGGACCCAGCCAAUGAACCUCCACCUUUGGACAGCAUAAGGCAGGGCUGGCAUCCAGGCAGCCUGGGGUCUUCCAGGGGAUUUCAGCCCCCGCUCAAGCCAAGAAGCAAGGUUUUGCCACAUCCUACUAACUUCCACAGACUCCUGCUCCAGGCUGAAAACCACCCUGUGCUGCAGAGAUGGGAGGUCAGUCUUCUGGCUUCACUGCUCCAAGUCCCCUUUGCAAGAAGACCCAUGGGGUCCUACCUGACUAAAGCGUUUGCUCUAGAUUCACUGAAUAACCCUCCUCUGAGGACUAGGAACAUGGGUUCAGGGCCACGUCCGCUUAGAUCCGGGGCACAUUUCACCCCUCCAUCAUCUGAGAGUUUGCUGCAUAGACAGCCACGCCCGGGAAGGAGCCAGGGUGUCAGUGUUCAGUUGGUGAAGCGGGUGGGCAUCCUCCCUCGAGCUAAAAGGGCUAAAAGAGAAGUCAGGUAUCAGCUGAACCCACGGACGUC